CCCAUCCCACUGUAGUCAUAAUUUGUAGCUAGCAAUCCAAGCUAGCUAGUUAUCCGAAGAUGGCGGCUUGUAGACGUGUUCCUCUAAUGCUUUUGAUGUCUGUCCUUUUGUAUAUGCAUCCCAUUCGAGGACAGAAAUCUGCGAACAGUGUAAUCGCCAAUACUGCAGUUAGGGUUAAUAUCCAGGCUCAAAACCAAGGCGCAGUGCCGGCUGCUGUAAAUGGAGGUUCUCCAGUCGUCGCGGCCUCGCCACCUCGUAGACGGAGCAGCGGCUGGAAGCUGGCCGAAGAGGGGGCUUGUCGGGAGGACUUGACCAGGCUUUGUCCAAAACAUUCCUGGAACAAUAACCUGGCUGUGCUUGAGUGCCUCCAGGAUAGGAAAGAGGAAACCGAGAUCGCUGCUGACUGCAACCAUCUCCUGUGGAACUACAAGCUGAACCUGACGACUGACCCCAAGUUUGAGUCUGUGGCUGUGGAGGUGUGCAAGACCACCAUCACUGACAUAAAAGAAUGUGCGGCGGAGGAGAGAGGAAAGGGCUACCUGGUUUCCUGCCUGGUGGAUCACCGCGGCAACAUCACGGAGUACCAGUGUAACCAGUACAUCACCAAGAUGACCAGCAUCGUGUUCAGCGACUACCGCCUCAUCUGUGGCUUCAUGGGCAAUUGUCGCGAGGACAUCAACAGCCUGCACUGUGGCAGCAUAUCCACCGGCGAGAAGGACGUGCACUCCCAAGGUGAGGUGAUAGCAUGCCUGGAGAAGGGUCUGGUCAGGGAGGCAGAGGAGCAGCCCGGGGUCCAUGCCAUCAGGCCUGACUGUAAGAAGGCCAUCAUGCGUGUGGCCGAACUCUCCUCAGACGACUUCCACCUGGACAGAUACCUCUACUUUUCCUGCCGGGAGGACCGUGAGCGCUUCUGUGAAAAUACUCCAGCCGGAGAGGGCAGAGUCUACAAGUGUCUCUUCAACCACAAGUUUGAGGAGGCCAUGUCUGAAAAGUGCAGAGAGGCCCUGACCACGCGUCAGAAGCUGAUUACCCAGGACUACAAGGUGAGCUACUCCCUGGCCAAGGCCUGCAAGACAGACCUGAGGAAGUACCGCUGCAGUGUGGACACCAACAUGCCCCGCGCCCGCGAGGCCCGCCUGUCCUAUCUGCUGCUCUGUCUGGAGUCUGCCGUACACAGAGGUCGUACGGUGAGCGGUGAGUGUCAGGGAGAGAUGUUGGACUACAGGAGGAUGUUGAUGGAGGACUUCUCUCUGAGCCCUGAGAUUGUGCUGCACUGCCGUGGGGAGAUCGAGGCCCACUGCUCCGGCCUACACCGCAAGGGACGCACCCUGCACUGCCUCAUGAGGGUGGGCCGAGAAGACAUGGGCACCAUCGACAACCUCUGCCAGAAAGCUCUCCAGACCCUGAUCCAGGAGGCUGAUCCUGGGGCAGACUACCGUAUUGACCGGGCCCUGAACGAGGCUUGUGAGUCUGUCAUCCAGACCGCCUGCAAACACAUCCGCAACGGAGACCCCAUGAUCCUGUCUUGUCUGAUGGAGCACCUGUACACCGAGAAGAUGGUGGAGGACUGUGAACACAGGCUGCUGGAGCUGCAGUACUUCAUAGCACGGGACUGGAAACUGGACCCCAUCCUCUAUAAGAAGUGCCAGGGCGAUGCCUCCCGCCUGUGCCACACCCACAGCUGGAACGAGACAAGUGAGAUGAUGCCACCUGGUGCCAUCUUCUCCUGUCUGUACCGCCACGCCUACCGCACAGAAGAGCAGGGACGGCGGCUGUCCCGGGACUGUAAAGUGGAGGUGCAGCGUAUCCUCCACCAGAGGGCGCUGGAUGUGAAGCUGGACCCCGAGCUGCAGAGACGCUGUAUGACUGACCUGGGGAAGUGGUGCAGUGAGAAGACUGAGUCUGGACAGGAACUGGAGUGUCUACAGGACCACCUAGAGGAGCUGGUGUCAGAGUGCAGGGAUGUGGUGGGCAACCUGACUGAACUGGCGUCUGAGGACAUUCAGAUUGAGACCCUGCUGAUGAGAGCCUGUGAGCCAGUCAUCCAGUCGCACUGUCACGAGGUGGCAGAUAACCACAUCGACACGGGGGAUCUGAUGGAGUGUCUGGUGCAAAACAAACACCAGAAGGAGAUGAACGACAAGUGUGCUGUGGGAGUCACACACUUCCAACUGGUCCAGAUUAAGGACUUCCGUUUCUCCUACAAGUUUAAGAUGGCCUGCAAAGAGGAUGUGCUCAAACUCUGCCCCAACAUCAAGAAGAAGGUGGACGUAGUGCUCUGUCUAAGCACCACAGUGAGGAACGACACUCUUCAGGACGUCAAGGAGCAGCGUGUGUCUGUCAAGUGUCGUAAGCAGCUGAGGGUGGAGGAGCUGGAGAUGUCUGAGGAUGUCCGUCUAGAGCCUGAGCUCUACGACUCCUGUAAGCAGGACAUCGGGAGGCUGUGCCAGAACGUGGCCUUCGGGAACGCCCAGGUGAUAGAAUGUCUGAAGGAGAACAAGAGGCAGCUGACCCAGCGCUGUCACCACAGGGUGUUCAAGCUGCAGGAGGUAGAGAUGAUGGACCCAGAGCUGGACUUCCAACUCAUGAGGGUCUGCAAGCAGAUGAUUCGGCGUUUCUGUACUGAGGCUGAUGCCAAGAACAUGCUGCAGUGCCUGAAGCAGAACAAGAACAGCGAGCUGAUGGACCCCAAGUGUAAACAGAUGAUCACAAAGAGACAGAUCACACAGAAUACAGACUACAGGUUGAACCCAGUGCUGAGGAAGUCGUGUAAGGCUGACAUCCCUAAAUUCUGCCAGAGCAUCCUGAACAAGGCUACAGGAGACAGUGAGCUGGAGGGACAGGUUGUCUCCUGCCUCAAACUCAAAUAUGCAGACCAGCGUCUGUCUCCAGACUGUGAGGACCAGAUCAGAGUGAUCCUACAGGAGUCAGCUCUGGACUACAGACUGGACCCCCAGCUGCAGAUUCACUGCACUGAUGAGAUCUCUCGGCUGUGUCCAGAGGAGGCUGCGGCCCAGGAGCAGACCGGUCAAGUAGAGGAGUGUCUUAAAGUCAAUCUCCUCAAGAUCAAAGUGGAGGGCUGCAAGAAGGAGGUUCUGAACAUUCUGAAGGAGAGUAAGGCAGACAUCUUUGUGGACCCUGUCCUCCACACGGCCUGCGCUCUGGACAUCAAGCACCAGUGUGCUGCCAUUCCACCAGGACGAGGACGCCAGAUGUCCUGUCUGAUGGAGGCUCUGCAGGACAAGAGGGUGCGUCUGCAGCCAGAGUGUAAGAAGAGACUGCAGGACCGCAUCGACAUGUGGAACUACGCUGCCAAGGUGGCCCCGGCCGAAGGCUUCUCCGACCUGGCCAUGCAGGUGAUGACCUCACCCUCCAAGACCUACAUCCUGGCUAUGAUUGGCCUGAGCGUGUGCAUUCUCUUCCUGUUUGGCCUGAUGUGUGGCCGCAUCACCAAGCGAUUAAUGCAGGAGCAGAAGGACAGGUAGAGAGGGGGGCCACAGAACCAGGAUAGGGCCCUCACUCAACAUAGCCCCAGUUGCCCUGACCUUAGCCUGGCUCCAUGUACAAACCAUCUCCUCCUUUUUAUCCUCCUCUUCUACCACCCCCCAGCCCUCCCCGAGACUGGCUUCUAGGGGGGAGCCAGCCAUUCGAGCUUCUGUCAUCAUUGCUAUGCUGUCGGAGGGCCACGUAGGGUGCGGGCCUGGCCUAGAUUACCCAGUCUAUCCUAUAAUGGUUUGUUUCACUGGUGUGAGUGUGGACAUGCGCCGACUGUGAGACCGACUCAUAACCCCUCCACCAUCUCCACUCCAGUGUCUGACUGAUGUUCUGAAGUUAUACAGGAGACUUCUAGAAGGACGCUGCCGCCACCUGUUUGUCCUCCAUCGCUCCACUGCUAACCAGCUAACGCUAACAGACCUGUACCGUCGGGCGGCCCAGUUAGGCCAGCCCGAUGGGGCAUAAGCAAAAAUUCUGGAUUCUGCUUUUGGUUUCUCUUGCAGUGGUUUUCUUAUUUGCUUUAUCUCAUUUAGAGGUAAUAUUUCUUUACAGAUGUUUUCUGUGGGUGGGGUGGAUUCACAAUAACUCUUACUGUUUAUGUGAGAGAGACAGAAAGAACGUCUCCGUACUUAUGUUCUUCCUGAGGCUUUCAAUGAUUUCAGUACUGAUAAAUUGCUUUUAGUGUGAGUGUUUGUGAGAAUGAAAGUGUGUGUGAAAUGGGAGUAUUAACUGUUUUUCUAUUAUAUUGUUGUUGUUCUCCUGAGAGGCCGGUGGGGGGGUUGACUGACUUCAGGUUGCCCAUGUUUAUUACAUUCACUGAUUUGCCAUGAGACUGCCAGGUGUGAACUGUCCUCCACCGACUGAGCCGCAUAGGAGAGGAGUCCAACAGCCUACAGUAUAUUAGAUCAGCCGUACACUUAUAAUAACUGAUGAUAAAUAAUAUUGAUUCAUCCAUUUGUGAUUAUACUGACAGACCUGGCAGUGUAUCAUAGAUGGCUCCAGUGCCAAUGCUAACCGAAUGGGUGGUAUGGUAGAGAAACGGUUAGCAUUGACCAGAUGGCUGGACAUCCAGGCGAGUAGUCACACACAUUUCUCUCAAGGUACUCAGAGUUAACAAUGGGCAUUUCAAAGUUGGAGAGCUGGGUCUAGGUGGUCUGAUUGGACACAACACUGGUGACAGACGGUGCAGAAAGAUAAGUCUAAUUUUGAACACUAACAUUUCCAAAGCUUCCCAUGUAGCAGGUUUAAGCCAAGGGUAUCGGUAGCGGCGUUAGGAUGGUGGUAGACGGGGUCAAGAACAAUGCAACAAAAAAAUAAAGACAAGUGCUUAUA